AUGGGUGAAGAGUCCGAGAAGGUGAUUCUCCAAAGUUUCAAUGGAGAAACGAAGAAGGUGACUCUACAAACCUCCCAUGGAGAAGUGUUCGAGCUCGAACAGACGGUUGUAUCCCAAUCCCAAUCGCAAAUGAUCAAGUACAUGGUGGAAGAUAACUGCGCCAACGAUGUUAUACCGCUCCCUACCGUAACGGCCAAAGUCCUGGUGAAGGUGAUAGAGUACUGCAACAAACACGCCAAAGGCAGAGGACGAGGAUCCGAUGCCUCCUCCUCCUCCUCAGAUCAGAAAGACAAUAACGAGUUGAAAGGCUGGGAUAAGCAGUUCGUGAGCGGCAUGGACAUCAACUUCGUUUUCGAGCUCGUCCUGGCUGCUAAGUACCUGGACAUCAGUGGUCUGCUGGACCUAACUUGCCAGUACAUCGCCGACCACAUUAAGCAUAUGACCCCUGAGGAGGUACGCAAGGUCUUCAAUAUCAAGAAUGAUCAUACUCCGGAGGAGGAAGCCAAGCUCCGCAAGGAGAUUGAAUGGGCCUUUGAUUAUUAG